CGGUGCACUGGUAAUUGACCAAACUAGGAGUGAGUCAGUAACAAUCUAGUCUGUGGUCGGGUGCCACUAUAACCACCAGUGCUGCUAUGAAACUUUCCCCCUUAACCAUCACUAGCAAGCCAUCACGCCACACUCUACACAGAAAGUGAUCCCGCGAAGAUGGUGGACUGGAGGCGUCUGGCGAAGGUAGCGGGCGGCGUGGUGGGCGUGGUGGUGGGCGUGGUGGCCCUGCUGCUGGGCGUGGCAUUGCUUCGCGCCCUGAUUCUUGAGGACUUCGAUUACCAGGAGAAGGAUAUUGACCCCGGCGCAAGGGACGAGCUGCCGGAGAGCUACCUGAAGGGGCUGCCGGCGGUGAUGGCUCGCGCCCUUGCCAUUCCUACUGUGUCCUUCUCUCCUGGCAACUACGACGUGGAUGAACUCCUUCGAUUCCACGAGUUCCUGAGGGAGAGUUUCCCCAACGUGUUCAACUCCUCUAUAAUCGAAGUGGAAGUGGUGAACAAACUCUCUCUUCUACUGACGGUGAAGGGCGCCCAGGACGACUUCAUGCCCUACCUGCUGAUGGGGCAUAUGGACGUGGUACCCGUGGAUAAGGAGAAGUGGACCCAUGACCCCUGGGGCGGCCUCAUCAUGCCGGACCCUUCGACGGGGGAGUCUUACAUCUGGGGACGCGGCGCCAUUGAUAAUAAAGUGGCCGUGAUUGGUAUAAUGAGUGCACUGGAGUACCUCGCCAGGACGGGAUUCCAGCCUGAGAGGACCUUCUACGUGGCUUUUGGACAUGAUGAGGAGGUGCGAGGCAAAGACGGGGCAGGUCAUAUGGGACGCCUUCUGCAGGAACGAGGCGUAAAACUCGACUUUAUCCUAGACGAAGGCCUCCCUGUAAUGAAGGAUAUGAUACAGGGCAUGGACAGACCCGUGGCGGCGAUUGGCGUCACGGAAAAAGGCUGGCUGUCUAUGGACCUUGAGGUGGAGGGCCCCGCUGGUCACUCUUCCAUGCCGCCACUGGUGUCCGCUGUGACGCGCCUCUCCAGGGCCCUCGUCGCCUUGGCAGAUAACCCACAUCCUUCAAUGUUUGGGAGUGGUCCUGAGAGUGAUAUGCUGGCGUACCUCGCGCCUAAGGCAUCGUGGCCCCACAAACUGGUCUUCGCUAACCUGUGGCUGUUCAAACCCAUAUUAGAGAUGGUACUGAGUUCCAAAAGAGAAACAAACGCUCUCAUGCGCACCACCACCUGCGCUACGAUCGUCCGCGCAGGUGUGAAGGAAAACGUGGUGCCGUCCUUCGCGCGUGCCACCAUCAACCACCGCAUCCAUCCGUCCCAGAGCAUUAAAGAAGUCAUCCAACACGAUCGAAAAGUCAUCAACGACCCCAUGGUGAAGAUCACGAAUUUGGAUGGUACAGAGGCCCACCCGGUGUCCCCCUAUGGUCCAGAGGUUGCCCCGUGGCGCCUCCUCUCUGCAUCUAUUCACCAUCACUUCCCAGAAGCCAUCACUGUCCCGGGUUUGCUGGUCGGUAAUACGGAUACCAAACACUAUCUCAAGCUGACUUCUAGGGUGUACCGCUUCAACCCCGUCUCUUUGCGCACCUCGGAGAUCAGCAUGUACCACGGACACAACGAGAAAAUCAGCGUCUCUUCUUUCACCACUGCCGUCUCCUUCUACCACCAUCUCAUCCUGGCGGCGGACAUCCAGGUGGCGCCGCUCAAAUCCUCACCUGGCCACAAAGCCGGUGAGCUGUGAGCGGCAGAGCUUGCAAUGCGCCACCGGGGACUGUCAUUGCUAACAUCAGGGUGACGAGGAGGGGUCAGGAGUGCCACGCCUUAGCCUCAUAUUGUUCAAAGGAACAAGAUCGUGGAGAGAACUGAAGAAGGAUCCAAUACCAUUACGGCGUUUCUAAACCUUUUUGCAAGCUCAGAAUCCUUUGCACCUUCAGAUUAUAAGGAAAAUGUUAUUCUUUUUGCUAUCAGGUGUGUGUAUCCAGUAUAUGCAUAAUGUUUGUGAGCCUUUACCUAGCUCAGAAUGCCUUUCACCUAUAGAUUAUAAUGUCAGGUACACAUGUUCGCCUCCUAUACUGUUUCUGAAAUCUUUACAGAGGUUCAGAACCUCAGGUGAAUUACGAAUGCUUUCAUGGACUUUUAUUUUUCUUUUCCUCCAAGUUCAGAUUCUUUGCAUUUUGUAGAGGUAAGAAAUACAAUACUUUUUUUUUUCAGUUAAAUUUGUUCCUAGUAACUGUUUUCUUGAUUUUACUUCAUAUCUUCAACAUUUGUGACUCCAGGAGUCUUUCAUGAAACUCUGCACCUGUGUUUAUCUGCCAGAACAAACUGUCACUGAUGCUGAAACCGUCAUCUUUCAUUACCCAGAGCGCUUGGCAUGUUUCUGUCUGUCCGUCUCACGUUUUCGCAGUAAUGAUCUCAACUUGUGGGAUAACUUUAAUAUUAAUGGACGUGGAAUGAUAGAUAACCUAUAGUGAUAAAUUGAAACAUUUCCAAAACCUCGACCUUGCUCAGAAGUUGUCACGUUUUCUACGAGCAGCUCAGUUUAUUUUGUCGCAACGCACUCAAUGCAUCGCUCCCACGUACGGGCGUCUUGUAGAGAGUAGAGGUACAUUGGUUGUGUUAAGGAAGUAAUUAUAGAUCGAUCGUCUUCAGUAGUAAUACAGAAAGCGUUUAGGAGAUAGUUAAGAAAUGACUGUUUAGAUGUUAAUGAUAAAUUGUUUGUGCUGAUCAGAAAUAGUAAUAGACUGGGUGCGUUCAAGAAAAUAGUUAUAUAUAGUUUGGGUGUGUUGAUAAUAAUAGUAUGUAAUAGAUUGACCUGUGGUGAAAAAAUUAACAACAGAUUGUGUGUGUCGAAGAAAAUAAUUGCAGAUUGGGUUGUGUUGAAGAAAAACAUAAAUAGAUUGGACUGCGGUGAAGAGAAAGGGAGAAAAGACUGAAUUCAUUGUCUGCGUUGGAAAACAGUAAUAUAUUGAACUGUGUUGGGGAAAAAAAAGUAAAUUCAUAAGCUAUGUUAGAAAAAUUGUAAUAGAUUAGUUGUAUUAAUAUAAGUCAUUGUUCCUGGAGUGAUUUAAUAACAUGUGUAACAAAAUCCCAACACUGCACUUGCCCUGAACCCAAUCCUACCAUUUUUGAGCCUCAGCCUCUACGGGAUCUAACAUAACCAUAUUCUGAAACACUACACCGUAUCUACACUACAUUGAAAAAGCUCUAAUUGAAGUGACACGGGUUUCUAAGGGUGUUUUAUCGUUCUAGUGAGAGAUUAACACGAUUUCCACACCAUGAACAGAAGAAACGCCCUUGGGAAGACGGCUGAUCACCUCUGUGGCCUUUGCAAAUAGCCAGGACGAGAGAGCGAGGCGUUUCAGAGCACUGGCUAUGACACCACAGAUAAAGAAACACAGACAGAGAGAGAGAGAGUUUCCUAGUGGUUAUCCUAUACUGUCCUUCCCUAUCCUUACCCUUGGACACCGCCUCCUUCACCCACACAUCCUGUCACGCUUCCACUGAUACUUGUUCUAGAUAAAGGAGAUGAAUAAAUGUUUGAAUCUU